AUGGUCGGAGUGGAGAGAGCAAGGGGCCUUGUCCGUGCCAUUUACGGAAUUCUGAUGAGACGAUCCCCCUGCCCCCGCACCCCCACCCCACCACCCCGCCACCCCGGCCUGGGAAAUUCGUUACUUGCUCUGACCGAAAUUCUUCGCGGAAAAAAACAGCUCUCAGUCGCCAGCGCGCUGAGGGAUCCCCUCCCUAGCUGCGGGCCUCGGACAGCGCUUCCGCGCGGCCAGGCCGGGGGUCGGCGGCGUCUACCCCCGCAGCCACUUCCCGGGCCGGGGCCGCGCCCCUCGCCGCGCCCAGCACCGCCCCGCGCGCUCGCCGCGCGCCCGGAGCCCCGCUGCUCACCGUGCACCGCCGCUGCCGCUGCCGCUGCCGCUGCCGCUGCCCGCCUGCCGGGUCCGGGCGGCUCGCUCUCGCUUUCCUUUUCCCCGCCGGCUCCGCCUUCUAUGACCGCGCGCGGCCCCUCCCGCACCGACUCGGGAUCGCGGGAAACUCGAGUCUCCUUCCGAGUCCGCGCCGCGCGCGCUGCAGCCCACGUGCUGCCGGCUGCCCGCGGGGCGCGCGGGGACCCUUCUGCGGCACCCCCAGCUCCAAGCCCUCCGGCUUCCAGGUGUGUUUGUGGCCGGAAGGGUCCGCCGGGAGGAAGGGAGGACAGAGAGGUGUCCAAGCGCCCGUGGCGUGCCAAGGUACUUGCCAGCGCUGUUCUAAACACCGGCCGCAGGUCCAGCCAUUAGGAGAGCUACCUGCUCCCUGUGGGACCUCGUGGAGUUUUGCUCCCGAAGCCCCUACGGGUAGUCCUCGGUUUAUAAGAAACUGACACAGCGAUUGAGGAGUCCUGAGGACUUACGAUACGGCAAACACUGAGCUCAUGGAGAGUUCCCUGUGACCAGAUGACUGAGAAAGAAAAAAUCGAAUGAAGCACAGUAUACUGGCGUUAAUCAGAAGUGGAUUGAUGUAUUAAAACAGCCCCUCUGGAAGGUGGCCCUAAAGGGUAUUGGGAGAAAGGAAAUCCAGGAGGCAGAACUUUGAGCAGUACAUUUCGUUGUCACUUGGAAAGAGAGCAAGCCAGUGGCUUGAACACACCCAGUGUCUCGCAGGCUAGCUGGAGAUUCAGAGAUUUGGAAGGAAGAAGAUCAGAGGGUUGGUCAUAAGCGGUCUGAGGAAAAUGGUGUGGGUGAACCCCUUGGACACUAUGAGCAUAUAGUGAAUGUUCAUCAAAGGCAUCUACUACUGAGGAGGCUUUUGAGGAGCAGGUGGCCAGGAAGACUUCUGUAGAGGUCAGUCAGCUUUUCCCCAGCACACCCAGUGCUUGUUCACGACGAAUAAGGAGACGACAGCAGUAGCAGGGUAUGGAAUGUGUGAGUUCAUCGACGCGAAAUUCUCAUCAAGGCUCAUCUGGCUGCUGAGCACCCAGCAGUCUCCCAUCAGGGACCAACUCUGAGCCCCAGUGUCGAGUACCAUACCCCAAGGUAGACCAAGCGGCCACUUGGUGGCAGACAGGUUACACAGGAGCCCUUCCAUCUGGAGUGCACAGGGAUUUGCCCUGUGGGGAGUGAGCAUUUAUUUCAGGUACAGAUUUGCAUUUCCUUCCUGCAGUGCUUCUGCCAGCAUCAUCAUUGUUGGAUAUUCUGUAUACUUGCUCACCAUCACAGCCUGUCUUGCUAAGAAACCCGUUUUACAGAAAAAUGAGGCAGUAUACUGACUGCUGUAGAGUUCAGUAGUUUUAUUAUGAACCUUGUCACCCCAAAGCAGCUGGCUGUACAGGGCAGUAGGGUGGAGUAUUGAAGGCUCAGGUGCAGCCCCAAGCAGGAGUAUACUGAGUGUAUACUCAGCUGAGUGUACUGUCCUUCAUGGGCAGUGGAUGUUCUAAACCAGAUUGCUGUUUCUUUCAUGCCCAGUACACCUGAACUCAGGAAACAGUAGAAGUGAGAGGGUUGUGUUCCACAAUGAAACCUAGUCAUGCUCUUGCAAAAUAGUGCUUCCUGUUCCUAUGACAUUGGGCUGUGUUUCCAGUAGGAGACACAUAGUUCCUUAAAUAGGAAUUUGAAACUGCAUCUGGACAUUUCAGGUUCAUGAUGCCAUCAGGCCAUCAAGGAAAUAAGGAAGUUACCAAACCAGCUGGGCUGAUUUAUGGGAAAAUAGUGAUGUAGCCACACAACGGAGUUAGAGACAAGCAUGUCUUUGACUCAGGAGUUCCUCUAGAGUUCCUUCUAGUAACUCCCUGUUCAAUGAUACAUGUUAGUAGAAAUCUACAGCUGUUCAACAAGACAGGACUGUUUAGGGCUCAGAUCCUUCAGGAUUGAAGGUUUAUGUCACCCUACUAGCUGGGAAGAUUCUGAGGGCAAAGAGAAUAAGGAAUAAGGAAUAAGGAAGUAAUAAACACCAACUACAGUUUCAUGACCUAUUGCAUUUUUCUUCCUUGCUUUGUUUUUGUAUUAAUAAACUUCAUUGCUUUUCCCUUUCCUUUUCUAUGAGAUUUGCUGGUAGCGGUUAAUUUUAUAAGAUAGUCUUCUGGUUAGAGUGUCUUACGGUAGAAUUUGUGACUAAAAGAGAAGAAGGAGGAAUAUCACAUAGCCAUGGGUAUAAAGACUAGGGGCUCGGAUAAGCAUGUUUUCAUUUGAAGAAGGGAAUGGGUGCAUUAGGUGGGAACAUAGUUCUGUCGUCUGCUUGAAAGAUUAUUAGUGCAAGCAGUGGACUGCACGAUAUUGUUCAUUUUUAUUUAGCUUCCAAUCUCACUCCUUUCUAUGUCUCCCUGUCUCCUGGAUUAUAAAGUAUGGAAAGUUAAAAUCACAUUGUCUGGAUUUUUAUGGAAUUAAAAUUCUGGAGUUCUGCUAAUGA